AUGUCGGCUAAACCAGAGAAGCCAGUAUGGAUGUCACAGGAAGAUUAUGACCGUCAGUAUGGCACAGUCGCGAACGGUGAACCAUCUACUGUACUAGAGGGCAAUUCCAAAAUCACUUCAGGUGCACCUACUAAUGGCAUUGGGCCAGUGCCGAUUGUACAAACCACUCCCGCUCCUACCCCAACAUCCUCAGCUUCACCUGCUGAACAGGAGCCUGGGUUCAAAAUACAGAAAAGAAAACACGAGAGGUAUGAUCAGGAGGAAAAAUUACGUAAACAGCGUGCUCAAAAACUAAGAGAAGAACAAUUAAAAAGGCAUGAAAUUGAAAUGACCGCAAAUAGAUCUAUGAAUGUAGAUCAAAUUGUCCGAGAGCAUUACAAUGAACGUACGAUAAUUGCCAAUCGCGCAAAAAGAAACUUAUCGCCUAUCAUUAAGCUUCGUAAUUUCAACAAUGCAAUCAAGUACAUGUUGAUCGACAAAUACACAAAGCCUGGUGAUGUUGUACUGGAACUUGGAUGCGGUAAAGGUGGCGAUUUAAGGAAAUAUGGUGCUGCCGGUAUCUCUCAAUUUAUUGGUAUCGAUAUUUCCAAUGCUUCUAUCCAAGAAGCUCAUAAGAGAUACCGGUCCAUGAGAAAUCUAGAUUAUCAAGUCGUAUUAAUUACAGGAGAUUGUUUUGGCGAAUCACUAGGUGUUGCUGUGGUGCCAUUCCCAGACUGCAGGUUUCCAUGUGAUAUUGUGUCCACUCAGUUUUGUUUGCAUUAUGCUUUUGAAACUGAAGAAAAGGCAAGAAGAGCUUUACUGAAUGUUGCCAAGUCUCUAAAAAUUGGGGGCCACUUUUUCGGUACUAUCCCAGAUUCCGAAUUCAUUCGUUAUAAACUGAAUAAGUUUCCCAAAGAUGUGGAGAAACCGUCCUGGGGAAACUCUAUCUAUAAGGUGAGUUUUGAAGACAAUUCGUAUCAAAAGAAUAACUAUGAGUUCAAGUCUCCUUAUGGGCAAAUGUACACUUAUUGGUUGGAAGAUGCUAUAGAUAAUGUUCCUGAGUACGUUGUGCCAUUUGAAACCCUGAGAAGUUUGGCUGAUGAAUACGGUUUGGAAUUAGUAUCGCAGAUGCCAUUUAAUAAAUUUUUUGUCCAAGAGAUUCCCAAAUGGAUCGAAAGGUUCUCUCCUAGAAUGAGGGAAGGUUUACAAAGAUCAGAUGGUAGAUAUGGUGUAGAAGGAGAUGAAAAGGAGGCUGCUUCAUAUUUUUACACCAUGUUUGCAUUCCGCAAAAUAAAACAGUAUACCGAACCUGAAAUUGAACAACCUCACUAA